CUACUACUUCCGGGUCAGCUUCGCUCCAUGCAAUGACAUUGUAACCAAAUAUUUUCGAAAUCAAUACGGGGAGUGUGUCUGUGCACGUUUUUGCUAUACAUGCUAUGAAUUUGUACCCGCUAUUUACGAAAUCAAUACGGGGAGUGUGUCUGUGCACGUUGUUGCUAUACAUGCUAUGAAUUUGUACCCGCUAUUUACGAAAUCAAUACGGGGAGUGUGUCUGUGCACGUUGUUGCUAUACGUGCUCUGAAAGACAAAGUUGACCGACAUAGUUUUACAAUAUGACACCAAUGUCUACGGGAUUCAGUGAAGAGCGACAGGGCGAAGCACAGAGUCCUGUAGGAAUGGAUUACAUCCCCACAGAAGAUGAGAGGAGAGUCUUCAGGGAAUGCAACCAGGAGAGUUUCUGGUACAGAUCCGUGCCCUUCUCAGUGGUCAGCAUGCUUGUCACUCAAGGCCUCAUCCAUAGAGGAGCUCUGACAUCGUCAUCCAAGUUUGGAUCUCUCCCUAAAGUGGCCUUUGCGGGGCUGUGUGGCUACCUGGCAGGGAAGAUAUCGUACAUGAAGCAUUGUCAGGAGAAGUUCAAGAGGCUGGAGCACUCCCCUCUAGGAGAAGCACUGAGACAGAGGACCAGACCCAACACACAGUCGUCUCAGGGCCCCCAGUCAGAGAUGAGUGACCCCGACCAGGUGUCGUUUGACCCCAUGUUCCAGGCCUCUGACCCCCAGAGCCAGGUCCCACCCCACGCCAGAGACUAUGGAUACAGUGACGCCCCCACCGCAGCACAGACCAGCCGCACCGCUGCAGACAUCGACUACAACAUGCCAGCCCAGUCGUUCCUGGAUGACGAGGAGCCCAGGAGGAAGCCCAUCAUGUACGAGGACCUAAGGAACAAGAACCGAGAAACCUAUGAGGUCACGCUUACCCAGAAGGCUGAGACGCUGCUCAAACCAGAGUCUGACCGGCCAGGGAGAACCGCCCCCAAGAAGGACGCAGGGAAGAAGAAUGUCUACGGAGACAGCUUGGAGGAGUGAGUCUCUCCAUCUUAUCACUGACAGUGCUGAUUGGACUACAAUACCCACAAACCCCGGUGGUUGCUUUGCUGUUAUUUACGUCUCAAUUUAUGAAUGUAUGGGAUAAUCUCAAUUGCAUUUCCUUGAUGCCUUGUGUCCUCUCUCCUCGUCUUCUCAAAACCCAUUGGAUGAGAAGGUCAGAGGGGUAGGCAGGUAGCCUAGUGGUUAAGAGCAUUGGGCCAGUAACCGAAAGGUCGCUGGUUCAAAUCCCUGAACCGACUAGGUGAAAAAUCUGUCUGUGCCCUUGAGCAAGGCAUUUAACCCUAAUUUGCUCCUGUAAGUUGCUCUCGAUAAUUACUCAAAUAUAUUUUAAAAAUUAGGCCCCCCCCGCGAGGAUUCAAGGAAAUGUAAUUGAGAUUCUCCCAUUGUCUGUCUGAUUCUGUCUUUUGAAAAAAACAUGUCAAUAAACCCAAUUGGUUUUGAAAUUGAA